AUGUUGGGACGUCUUAAUCUUUUUGGGGGGCAGGCUCCUAUCAAAGGAAAUGCCGAUUUGUUGAACAGGAAGCAGCGUCGUUUGCCCGGACCUCGAUUCGUUGCAACACGCGCGUGGCCACAGCCACUGUCGGGUGAGUUGCCGGAACCACUCCGCGCGACUGACGGUCGCAAGCCCGACGCGCCACCUGAAGAUGUUUUUACUCUCGAUACGAUCACGCAGCGAAUGCCCAAGAUCAUGCAGUCUGUGGUCAAGGGAAUGCCGGAAGCCCUGAAGACUGAAAGCUUUGAGCAGAACAUCCAAGCGCUCCAAGACGAGAUGAGGGACGGAGCUCAACUGCGACCCUUGGCGAGUGGCAGCGCCCGGGUGGGAGCCGACGGGUGGAAUGAGCACCUCAGUGAGUUCAUCGAGCGCGGAGAAGGUUGGCAUACUGCUCCCUGGUGGGUCGUGGAGAACUACAUGUACAAGCGUCUUUUGGAGGACGGUUUAGUUGAUUUUAGGGUGGAAUGUGGGGCCUACAUAGAAUGA